AUGGAAAAAUAUACCGAAUACAAGUAUAUGAGUGGUUUCGACAAUCACUUUUCUUCUGAAGCAUUACCUGACGCUUUACCUAAAAAUCAAAAUACACCACAAAAAUGUCCCUACGGUCUUUAUGCUGAGCAACUUUCAGGUUCUGCCUUUACUGUAGAUAGGAAACAUAAUCAACGAAGCUGGCUUUACCGAAUUCGUCCUUCUGUUUCUCAUAAACCAUUCACAAAAGUCGCCGAAACAACUGGCCUUGUGAGCCAUUUCAGUGAUGCUAAUUCUGUUAGUUAUAUUCCGAAUCAAAUUCGUUGGAGUCCAUUCAAAUUAUUUUCGACAGAGAAAGCAGAUUCAUCGCAAAACAUAAAUUUCAUUGAUGGUUUGCAUACUCUAGCUGGUGCUGGCGAUCCAUCUGUCAAAAAUGGUUUAGCCAUCCACAUAUAUAAUGCAAAUCAAGAUAUGGUUAAUACUGCAUUUUACAACUCUGAUGGUGACUUUUUGAUAGUUCCGCAGCAUGGUCGACUUGAUAUUAUCACUGAAUUUGGUCGCAUAAUGGUUUCUCCUUGUGAAAUCGUUGUUAUUCCACGUGGUAUUAAAUUUGCUAUAAAACUUCCUGACGGUCCAAGUCGCGGUUAUGUUUUAGAAAUUUUUGUAGGUCAUUUCGAAUUACCUGAACUAGGCGCGAUAGAAAAAUCAAAUUGUGAUUAUACCAUUGUGAAUAAAUAUGUCGGCCAAUUAUUUUCUGCGAAACAAGAUCAUUCACCGUUUGAUGUUGUAGCUUGGCAUGGAAAUUAUGUCCCAUAUAAAUAUGAUCUUAACAACUUUAAUGUUGUAGGAUCCAUUUCUUAUGAUCAUUUGGAUCCGUCCAUAUUUACCGUGCUUACUUGUAAAUCCGCGUUUCCUGGGACCGCUAUUGCGGAUUUUGUGCUCUUUCCUCCUAGAUGGGCAGUCCAAGAACAUACUUUUCGUCCUCCUUAUUACCAUCGGAAUUGCAUGUCAGAAUUUAUGGGACUAAUUAAGGGUAAGUAUGAUGCUAAAGCGGAAGGAUUUCUUCCUGGUGGUGCAAGUCUCCACAGCUGUAUGACACCGCAUGGUCCAGAUACUACCACAUUUGAGAAAGCAUCUAAUGAAGAAUUAAAGCCGGUACGAGUAGCCGAUGGCUCAAUGGCUUUCAUGUUUGAAUCCAGUCUGAUGCUUGGUAUAACUAAAUGGGGUCUAUCAUGUUCAGAAAUUCAAGAAAAUUAUAAUGCAGUAUGGCAAGAUUUGAAAUGCCAUUUUGAUCCAAAUAAUCGCCCAGGAAAUUAA